AGCAAGGGUACUGGCCGCGCGCGCUCAGUCAGCUGACGAACAGCGUAGCUAUUACACGUCUGUGAAUCGACGUCGUGCAGUGACCGCAAUCAGUGUUACAUCCCUCGUGUUUAAUAAAACUACAAUGGCAACUUACGCUCAGUUCAAGCACGUCGAACUCUACAAGAUCGGUCAUGGAAAAAAUAGAGUUCCAAAUGCACCGAAGAGUUGCAUCGCCGAGAUCUUCAACGCCGAUGUGACGGAUGGAGGGAGUCCCAUCAAGAACGGUUCGUCCAAACCGCGCAAUGUCAAGGACACACCGACACGCCCACGGGACACCCACUCCAGACUAUUCGGUCAGGGUGCAUCAUCGUCAGUAACGCCUAUGAUAACGGACACCAUCCGCAGUCACAUACAAUUCGGUGACGCGGCGAACGGCGGCAGCCCCUCACACUCGCCCAAGCUGAACGGGAGCGCCAUGUCCACGCCCAGCAGAGAAGGCAACCCGAUCACCGGUGACGGCUAUAAAUCAAUGAACGGCCAAAUUAACAUGGUGACAUCGAUAAACGGCCACAGCAGCAUUCUUCAUAACCGCGUUCCACCCGGCGGCUACUCGUCAGGGCUCUGGUAGACUACCCAAGAUCACAACACCGGUCACCGCAGCGGCCAAAUAACACUUAUUUACCGCCGUCUCGUUUAAAAAACAAAAACUAUGUACUCGAAUUUUGAAUUUCGAAUCACAUUGGAUUGGCGCUAUUUUUUGACAGGCGAAUGUAUUGUCUAUGUGCGUAAUACCUAGGUAUUGUUAUCAUAAAUUAUCGUGUAAUUUACCAUAUUUAAAAUUGUAAAUUUAUUAACAAUGUAUUUUGCCCAGCACAUUAAAUUUUAGAUCCCUUUAGUUUACUAUAAUUGUAAUACAGUUGUACCUGUAGCGCCAAUCUUUUAUGAUUUUAAUACUAAAUCUAAAGCUAAUAUAAGCAUUCUCGUGCAAACAUUCGCAUUUAUUCCAUUCAAAUCGAAUCAUUAACCAUUUAUAUUUUUAAUCUACUAAAUUUAAGUAGUAUCGGAUUAAUUUAUAUAACGUGCACACAUUAAAAUUACGUCCAUUUUAACAGAAAGGGUAUAUGUUCAUAAAAUCCUUAGCCUGUCCCAGUUACACUUUUUUUCAUUAAUUUAGACAUAGAUGAUAGAUAUUUUUGUAAUAGUAAUAAUAUUCGGUUAGAUAUAGAAUCCUUGUUGAAAAUAUAGAUUUAUAAAUUUAACGGAUUGCACGUAAUUCCGAUGUAUGCCUAAGUUUGUUUCCGUUACUCUUAUAAACUCUAUAUAACUCAACUCUUAUCAUAAGGAAAGGAAAAUUGUAAUCUUAACACAUAUAAGCGCAUGUUUACGCAUCGAUGGAUUGAUUGAAUUAGGAGUGAGGAUGUAUCAGCAUUAUACCAAAACGAUUAGUGCCUUGAUUGGUGAUGAAUUGAAAAUUCUAGGAAAAAUCAGUGUUUGUUAGAAGCGUGAAACGGAAACAGUGAUUAUAUAUCUAUAUUUCACGGUAUAGAAAUAGUAAUCAUGCGGCACACAGGCUAAUUGAUAAUAUUAAAAUAACGUAAAUUAUAUUAAUGUUCGACACUAUUUAAGUAACUAUCCUUUAAUCUCGUUUGUUGAAUUUCAUUAUCAUAAUUUAAAUAGAGGAUUUUAUAGAUUGCAUUUAUUUUGUCUGUUUAUACAUUUUUUUAGUUUAUUUUCUACUCGGUUAGUAUUAAAAUGUAUUUGAAUUUUGGUCGAUUAUCUGUUAACAAGGAGGACCAUAGUCGUAGUGUUUGUGUGUAGUAUGACGUUUGAUGCGUUUAUAACAAUAUCGUUUAGACUUAGCGGUAGGCAUAUCAUCUAUGUAAUAGUUUCUAACUUAAUUGCUGACGCACUGGCCUAACGUUAACUUAAUUGUUAAUAGAUAAUAACCAUUACUUCAAAAUAAAGUUUUUUUUUUAAAUA